GGCGGUCGGCAGGGGCAGAGGCCUGCUGAAAAUGACUGAAUAUAAACCUGUGGUUGUUGGAGCUGGUGGCGUAGGCAAGAGUGCCUUGAUGAUACAGCUAAUUCAGAAUCACUUUGUGGAUGAAUAUGACCCUACAAUCAAGGACUCCUACCGGAAACAAGUAGUAAUUGAUGGAGAAACCUGUCUCUUGGAUAUUCUCAACACAGCAGGUCAAGAGGCGUACAGUGCAAUGAGGGACCAGAACAUGCAGACUGGAGAGGGCUUUCUUUGUGUAUUUGCCAUAAAUAAUACUAAAUCAUUUGAAGAUAUUCACCAUUAUAGAGAGCAAAUUAAAAGAGUUAAAGACUCCGAAGAUGUACCCAUGGUCCUGGUAGGAAAUAAAUGUGAUUUGCCCUCUAGAACAGUAGACACAAAGCAGGCUCAGGACUUAGCAAGAAGUUACGGGGAUUCCUUUUGUUGGAACCUCAGCAAAGACAUGACAGGGUUUGAUGAUGCUUUCCAUACAUUAGUUGGAGAAAUUCGAAAACAUAAAGAAAAGAUGAGCAAAGAUGUUAAAAAGAAGAAAAAGAAGUCAAAGACAAAGUGUAUAAUUAUGUAAAUACAAUUUAUACUUUUUUCUUAAGGUAUACUUAAGUAAAAGUGGUAUUUUUGUACAUU